GUUAGUUUGAUCUCCACGUACGACCCAACGGUCGUACGACCCUAUCUCGCGCCCUGAUCGGGGGCGCCCAACCACGUCUGGUUGGUGGGCCCCUGUCGCCAGCGCCACAUAUAAAAGAGGUGGGGGCCGGGGCACGGACGCCAAGGUUCGUCCGCUGCCGUCCUCCCCACCGACACACAAACCCUAAGCCACCCGAUCUGGUGAGGCGCUGUAGCGGCGGGAAGCUCCACCGACAUCACCGCCGCCCCUCCGUCGCCGCCAUGGCGAGCUCCUCGUCGACCAAGACCGACGGAAAUCCUAUGAGUUUUAUCUCGGCUAUUGAGCCCCUCAAUGGAGGGAACUAUGGCUCGUGGCGAGAGAAGGUUGAGAUGGGGCUUGCUUUGCUUGACCUCGACUUGGCACUGAUAGAGGCUUGUCCCAUAGAACCUAAGGACCCCGUGAGGGGCGACAAAGAAAGUGAAGAUGACUUCAACAAAAGGGUCCUUGACCAUGGACCAAAAAGAAUGAAGUACGAUCUUGAUCGUGCUAAGUGGGACUCGUCCAACAGAAAGUGCUUGAUGGUGAUCAAGAGCUCCAUUUUGGAGGCUAUAAGGGGAGCAAUCCCACAGUGUGACACCGCUAGUGAGUACCUGAAAAAGGUAGAGAGUCGGUUCAUCGGGUCUUCCAAGGCCUAUGCUAGCACUCUCAUAAGAAAGCUUGUCACUACCAAGUACACUGGUGGUGGAGUAAGGGAUCACAUAUUGAGGAUGAGCCAUAUGUCUUCCAAGCUCAAGUCUAUGGAGAUGGAGCUUCCAGAACAGUUCGUCAUCCAUCUGAUCUUUGCCUCACUCCCAAAAGAAUUUGAGACUUUUGCUGUGAACUACAAUGCACAGCCAGAAAAGUGGGCCAUUGAGAAGAUGAUUGCCAUGUGUGUGCAAGAAGAAGAGAGGAUCAAGGGGCAAUCUGGUGAUUCUGUCAAUUACCUAAGCCCAACCAAGAAGAGGAACUUUCAGAGUUUUCAGAGUUCCAAGCCACAAGGGAAACCUCGGUGGAAUCCUCCUCCGCCUAAGCCGCAUGGCAAGGCUCAAGAUCACCAGCCGCAUGAAGAGGUGGCCAAGGACACUUGCAAGUGGUGCAAGGAAAAGGGCCACUACCAGAAAGACUGUGUGGCAUUCCUGAAACAUCUGUGCAAGAAAGGGAUUCCGUAUGAGACAGACCCUGCAAAGAGGAGAAAGAUGCAUUAAAGUAGCAAACGGCGUCCAAGCUGAAGUCGAAGCCAUUGGAUAUCUCCCAUUAGUAUUAGCUAAUGG